AUGGCAUCCUGCGAAGUCCGGUCAUUAGCCCAGGUACCAUUUGUGUGCAAUUUUCCUAUAUCACAAAGCAAGCAACAGCUGAUAUGGAGGUACUCGCUCUCACCAAUUCCACAACGAGGUUAUGGUUUUCCAAAGGGAGACAACUUCCACUCAACAAAUGGACAACGGUUAUGGUAUCACUCAGAACUGAAAUACCAUUUCAGAGAACACAACCAACGACAACUUCGACGACAACAACAACAACACCACCACCAACUACAACAACAACCCCGACAACAACACUUACAGCAACAACAACCCCGACAACAACCCCCCCAACAAUUCCGACAACAACAACACCGACAACAAUAUCAACAACAACCCCCACAACAACCCCCACAACAACAACUCCGACAACAACAUCAACAACAACAAAGCCAACACCGCCAACGACAACUUCGACGACAACAACAACAACAACAACUACAACAACAACCCCGACAACAACACUUACAGCAACAACAACCCCGACAACAACCCCCACAACAACUCCGACGACAACAACACCAACAACAUCGACGACAACAACAACAACCCCGACAACAACUCCGACAACAACUACAACAACAACCCCGACAACAACCCCCACAACAACAACUCCGACGACAACAUCAACGACAACAAAGACAACUCCAACGACAACUUCGACGACGACAACCCCGACAACAACAACUACAACAACAACCCCGACAGCAACAACUACAACAACAACCCCGACAACAACCCCCACAACAAUUCCGACAACAACAACAACAACUCCGACGACAACAUCAACGACAACAAAGACAACUCCAACGACAACUUCGACGACGACAACAACAACACCAACAACUACAACAACAACCCCGACAACAACAACUACAACAACAACCCCGACAACAACAACUACAACAACAACCCCGACAGCAACAACUACAACAACAACCCCGACAACAACCCCAACAACAACAACUACAACAAUAACAACUACAACAACAACCCCGACACCAACCCCCACAACAACAUCUCCGACGACAACAACUACGAAAACUAAACGAACAAUUAAGACAGCAACACCAACAACAACAACUACAACAACACCGACAGCAACAACAACUACGACAACAACACCAACAACAACUCUGA